UUCCUUCCCGCAGCUCCCGGGGCUCCGAGUCUGGAGGCGAAAGAUGGCGUCGCGCAAGGUCUUGUCCGUGAUACGCGCGCUGCGGCGGCCGCUGUCGCCGCUGCUGCUGCUGCUGCUCCUCGGGCCGUGGGCCGCGGCGGGUCAUGCCGGCAAGUACUCGCGGGAGAAGAACGAGCCCGCGCCGCCCUCGAAGCGCGAGCCCGCGGCGGAGUUCCGCAUGGAGAAGCUGAACCAGCUGUGGGAGAAGGCCCAGCGGCUGAACCUUCCUCCUUUGAAGUUGUCCGACCUCCACACCGAUCUGAAGAUUCAAGAACGGGAUGAAUUCAAAUGGAAGAAGCUGAAGGCUGAGGGCCUGGAUGAGGACGGGGAGGAGGAGGCGAAGCUGGUCCGCAGCCUCAGCGUCAUCCUGGCCAAGUACGGUCUGGACGGCAGGAAGGACUCGCGGGUCGUGAGCAGCAACUUCAUCGACCACGGCGCCGAUGACGACAGCCUGGAGGACCCCCGGCUGGAGAAGCUGUGGCACAAGGCGAAGACCUCGGGGAAGUUCUCCAGUGAAGAGCUGGACAAGCUGAGGCGGGAGCUGCAGCACCACAAGGAGAAGGUGCAGGAGUACCACGCACUGCUGGAGACCCUGGGCAGGACCGAAGAAAGCCACGAGAACGCCAUCGGGCCGGUGGACCUGAGCGGCGUGCAGGCGGAAGCACUGGCGAGCAGGCACGCGGAGCUGAAGGACCGGCUGCGGAACAUUGGCCAGGGCUUCGACCGGCUACGCAGGGUCAGCCAACAGGGCUACAGCGCGGAGACCGAGUUCAUGGAGCCGCGGGUGCUGGACCUCUGGGACAUGGCCAAGUCAGCCAACUUCACCGAGAAGGAGCUGGAGUCCUUCCGGGAGGAGCUCAAGCACUUCGAAGUUAAAAUUGAAAAGCACAACCAUUACCAGAAGCAGCUAGAAAUUUCUCACCAGAAGCUGAAGCACGUGGAGAGCUUCGGGGACCAGGAGCACAUCACCCGCAACAAGGAGCGGUACGCCAUGCUGGAGGAGAAGACCAAGGAGCUGGGCUACAAGGUGAAGAAGCACAUGCAGGACCUCUCCAGCCGCGUCUCCAGGGCCCGCCACAACGAGCUCUGAGGCCCCGCGGCCCGGCCCGCCGCAGGGAGGAGGCGCCAGCGGCCUGGGGUUCCCAAAGGGGCCCGGGCCCUCGGGGCCCGCUUGGCCGUCAGCAGGACCCCGGGGAAGGUGUGAAGGGGACCGGCCGGGAGGGGCCGCAGCCGAAGGACAGACGGACUGCCUCGGGCGCCCCGGGGCUGGGAAGGGGAGCUCCACCAGCUGCCCGUGGAUUGGUGGCCCCCUGCACCAUGAGGUCACAGUUCACAUUGAAAUCUUAUGAAUCUGCCACUGGAAAUACUAUGUACAGGAGUCCUUAUAAAUACAUGACCGUAUUUAAUUAAACCUCAUGGUCACUGAGGUGUCACCGGG